AGUGAAAAAGUUUUGUCAAGUCCUGACACCGUGACACGUCUGAGAGCUGUCACCUCCUCUCCUGUGGAUUAUUCCUCCUGACUUACUCCUCAAAGAAAACAUCCACUAACUCGAGACAUCAUCGCUGCUCUGCUGCUAGACAAGGACUCUUCAGCAACUACCCUCUGCCCCCCCAAGAGUACCUCCACACCCCCCAGGGACCUAGACUCAGCCCACACCAGCGCCUCAGACUUUAACUCAGCAGACAUGGAGGGUCACACGGUGAGGCUGGCUCUGCUUCUCUGCAUCACUGCUGCAGCCUCUGCCUCGAGUCAGACGUGUGAUCCGAAAAAGGUUAAUGACAAGCCAUGGUUCCACGUGAGGGAGAUGCUAAUUGGCUGCUGGACCAGCUUCGUCACAGAGGACCAGCUAGAGGUCCACAUCCUUAACUUUGCUGACAUGCAGAGUCAGGGGAUGUUCGCUCUGGAGAUGAUAAAUGCAAAGCCAAUGAACCUCAUCCUCAUGUCGGCCCACACAGUUUACUGUCUAGUCAACAUCAACGCUGACGUCAACAUUCAUGUGAGCAAUAACUCAUCGAUAGUCAUGCAUGGUAAUAAAUAUCAGGACAACGUCCACAAGCAUGACAUCCCCACUCAGGAAGAGGAGCUGGUCAAGUGGGCAACACAGAAGUUUGGCGGCGUGACUUCCUACACCACCAUCCGGAAUCUGAUAUCCAUCUCAUCAACAGGAACGACAGGAACCAAACCUGGGUCUCGUCAUUGUGUGCUUAAAAGUGAAGAUGCAUUAGAGAAGCACUUCAUGGAAAUUACCACCCAACCUCUUGCACACUCGCUCUUGUCGUGCUCACCGCAGCAGCCGAAGAACCCAGCGGAUGACACCGAGCUUCACAUCAUUAACAUCCCAGAGAAUGCGAGCAUUAGCAAUGUAACACUGCGUGUUGACAUAAAGAAGAUCAGGGUGUUCCUCAGGGGUCCUCAGGGAACGACGUGGAUCGUCCUCAAUGCACAGUACACCCAGUUUGGUUCCAACAAUGACAUCCUGCUGCCCACACAAAGAAUCUCGCCCUUGCACACGCUGACCAGUGACAAUGCGAGGGAUGUGCAAAGGAAGGCUUUAGAGGUUUUUAAAGUCAGCACUUUCACCAGCUACACUGAGCUCAGACCAGUGAACCCCACAAUCAUACUGGUCCUUGGGAAAAAUGACGACCUGGAAGUUACAAAUUCAACACUUGGACCAAUCAAUUCAAGCACAAGCAGCAGUCCUCACCAGAUGCCUCUGCUGAUGCAGCUGUACUCCUCGCCAGAUUACCGCUCUCCCCUAGACGCCAACACCAAGGUAUACAGCGACAAGAGAAUUUACGCUGAGAUUUCAAGUCACACUUUUGGGGACAUCGCCUUGACCAUCAAGGUGAUCAGCUGCUUCGUGUACUCUAAGGAUUCAUGCCCUGUAGUAAAAGAACUGCCCUUCAUCCCGGAGUCCUGCUCCUCCAAAUCCUGCCCCAACAGCAUUCGACUCAGCUUCUCUUUAGAUCAGCUCCAAGAGCUGACGUCCACCACGUGGGACCUGGAGUGCUCCGUCAAACUGUGCUACUUUGAGAAAUGUGGAGAUGGAGGAAAAGUGAAGGUGGAGGUUACCCAGCCGUGUCUGCAACCACCAACCCCACCGUGCUUUGAUUUCGGUCUACCUGGUGUCCUGGGCAUUGCAUUUGGAGGGUUCCUGAUUGGCGUUUUACUUAUUGGAGCACUGUGGUUCAUCAAAAUUAAAACAGGAUACCCAACUGGAUUAGACAUGAGCACAACUGCAGCAAGUCUUCCAGGAUGCCCCUGCUCAGGUGCCAAACGACAACCAGUUUCGAACAACCCUUCCCCCUCUGAGAACAGCAGCGCUAACGCUAGCAUCGGAAGCACCCAAAGCACGCCGACCAGCAGCAUGGCAUGAGAUUAUGCUAAUCUGCACCACCAGCAGGGCCGCCGUCUCCCCUCAAAGUCACCUAUAUGGGUUUUGUGCUUUUGUUUUCUUCAAUAAUGCUUGAGAAGCAUUUAUCCCCUAUCCUGCCCUCUCGUUAAAUUCAAAUAAUAUUAAAAAAAAGCACAACCCACCGGGCCGAGGUGACAGAUAAACAGAAGUCUAAUCUGUGGCUUCUGACGCUCACCUCUGUAGCUUCUCUAUCAAGCUCCUGGACAGGAAGUUAAAGAGGGCAAGAGAGAAAAAAAGGCUCCCAGCAACAGGAAAAACAAACCACAUCCCCCAAGAGCUAACAGGAAAUUCACCGCAUUCCUUUCAGUGAAUUGUGCUUGUGUGAUGGCAGCACAAUAAUAGUCAGACAGGAGACAAACCAGUCAAAAGCUUGACUUUGAAAAACAGAUGAAAAGCUGUUUUGCUAUCACAUCUAAGCCGCCAAAAUUUACAAAGGGCUUUAGUUAGGUCAGUCCAAAAAGUUAUCAACAACACCUCGGGGGACUGAGAGGGUCGAUGUGUUCGAAUCUCUUGGUCAAUUAAAUGCUCACUUUGAGGGGUAUUUGUCCUAAUUGGAGUUCGAGGUCAAUAGUUACCAGCUACCUCCUAUUGCUAAGAAGUCUGGGGCUAAGUUUUAACUUACCAAUGGAUUUCUCUGCUGAAUUGAAUCUUACUUUCUGCCUUUUUCAUGUUUUUUUUAACUUCACAGCUCACCCGCUGGGUCAUUUGUAGCUCACAAAUCUAAAGUUAUGGUGCCAUUUUCGUGCUAUGCAAUAGCGGUGUCGGGGAGUCCAUAUUGAAAUAGUAACCCCAUGGCUUUUUUGGAAGUUGGAGGAACAUUCUUGAUUCUCUAAUCACCCAAAAAAACCAAUCUAAAAUCUUGUUUAUGGCCAAAAGGUAGCAAUAAACCAUUAGGAAUAGGAGCUUGGAAAUAAUCACUCAUGUAAUGUGCAGUAUGGAGAUGUAUGGCUGUAUUCAGAGCUGAGUAAUGUGCCUGUAAGGAGGAGUUAGCACAUCAGUUUUCAGGUUUCUAUGUGGACUCAUGCAGCUGCACCCACUGGGUGGAGUUUCCCUAAAAUAGUCUGUCUGGGGGUUGAAUUCCAGUAGUUUUCCUCUGGUCAUUGUCUGGUCUCUUCAGGAUUAGUCCAUCACCACUUCCUGAUGAUUUGUUGCAACCAUAAAACUCAAGCCUGUGAUAACACACACAUACAAAAAUAGAAUCUUAACGUGUUGCGUUUAAUUCUUUUCUGGCCAACUGAAUCACCAGCCUUGCCUGCCCUCCAAGGUGCAGCUGUUUAUUGUGCAUAAAGCAUCACUCUUCUGCUUAUUAAGAAAGCAAGACUUUGACGUUAAAUGUGGUAUGAACUGUCCAACCUUCACGUUCAUGUUCAAUGUCAUUGUGCCACUAAUUGCAGCUAAUGCUCCGCUCUGUCUCUUGAUCGGAGACGAGUCUGCGGAAGGGAAAAAUAAUUUUUAGACCUCUAAUGGACGUUAUUGAUCAGCUCGCGGAGCUUUUCUUUUUGAUGAACAAGCACACGUUGAUACAGGCUGAAGAGUCCCCGCCUCAACUCCUGGAAAAGUAUAGGUACACACAAAGGGCUGUGAUAUUAUACGAUUGAUAUUGAGCAUUUCUUAGAAAUUAGAAAAAUAAAUGUGUGCAAUUAUUUUUUCAAUGAAUAGUUUUGGUCUAUUGAGUUUAAGCUUCUCCGCUUUUCUUUAAGCUUUAAACUCGUCCCCAGCUCUGAAUACAGCUAAUUAGCACUCAAUGGUAUAAUCACAAGCAACAACAUUUUUUAUGUUCUGUUUGCAACAAUACAUUAGUCAGUAAAGAUAACUGCUUUAAUGCAAACUACUUUUAAAUAUUGUGGCUUUAAUUUCAGCUAUACUGAACAUUUUUAAUUAUAUGGAAAUCAUUUGAGAAAAAUUGAGUUUGAUGUUAAAGAUAUCAACUUUUCUUGCUAUAUGUGAUUGCUGACAUGCAUGAGAGCUUGCAUGAUGGGGGAAUUCCACGAGGGCUGCAGUCCUAGAGUGACGGUUGAUCCGUGAACCCACUGUUUCUUUCAUUUCUAUCAGUGUAAAUGUAUUUUUAUAUUUUUACUUUUCAAAUAUUCCCAUCACAUGUCAAACCUCUUGAUUAAGCAGGCAAUCCUUUCAAAUAGUAUCAACAAUACAAGAAGCACCAGAAUUGUGAAAAUGUUCUUUAUAUACAUUUUAUUUACUGAUGCAUAUAUAUAUUCACAUGCCAUUAUAGUUACUCACCUCCUCUUUUUUGAUUGUUUGAAUAAUUUAUUCACCUUCCAAGCUAAUCUUAAAACAGUUGAGUGUUUUCCAGACCAACGACAUUUGUGAAAUGUCUCCUCAUUGUAUGUAUUUGAGCUCUGUAGCUUAUUCCUCCUUGUGUGUAUGUGUACGUUUUCCGUACACUGCAGAUUUUCUUUGUGUAUCCGUGUAGAGACCGAACAAAGAGGGCCAGUACAAAAUGCCACUUGAGUAUUUGUGCAAUAUGAUGAGGGUAACUUGUAUGUAGUGUCUAUAUGUACUUUUAAUUAUGUUUUUUUUUGUAAGUGUUGUAUGAUAUGCUUAUUUUUCUUAACCUGCUUCCCUCUCUUAUGUAUUUGAAGAACUGGGACUAUCUCUAAUCAAGGCACUUAUCAAAUGCACAGGAGUUGUUUUGUAUAGUUUUUAAAGUCCUCAUAUUGAUUGGUGUUUUUCCAAAUUACAUAGCAGUCGCAGACAGUGUGUGUCACAGACAGUAAAUUCGGUUUGUUUCUUUUACCCCCUGUUUGACCUGUCUUGGCCUCUUUGUCAGAUUCCCCCCGCGGCCCAAGAACACAGCGUAUCUCCGCAGAUGCUGACAUCCUGACAUUGUGUUUGUGCAUUGUGGUGUCCUCAGUGGGUGUGAUGGAGAAGGAGAAUGUUGAAAGACAGAAUGUCUCAUCGCAAAGUAGCAUCUCAGUUCAGUAUCCUGGUGUUGUUUUUACUACACUUUAAAACUUUUUGUGAAAAAUGCAGUACUGAUUUUUUUCAUUUCAUAAAUUGCAGCAAAUUAGACACAUUCUAUAUAUUUUUGUUGAAGGUCAGGUAUUCAAGUAGGUAAACAUGAAUAUAAAAUGAAAUUGUUAUUGUCAUUGCCUCUGUCCACAGCUUCCUCCUCAGGCGAUCUACACACAGUUAAGGAAAUAUACGCAUGUGUGUUUGUGUGCAUAUACAUGAUAUAUGUAGCACAUUUAUGUGUGCAUGCUCAAUUGUGUGAGUGACUGUGUGUAGGUGUACUGUAUGCCUACAUUUCUGUCUGCAUAUUUUUCCUCCAGUCUUUUGAAAAUGUUUGGAAUCCUGAAUUUUUACUAAGAAAAACUAUGAAGCCAACAAACCAAGUCUGAAUGUCUGAUUUGAUUUUGUAGUAGAAGUAUAAAAUGCAGUGUUAUUUUUAUGCCAAUAUGCAGCCUUUUACCAUUUAAAAUGGGUCCAAUAUGUGUUGAGAUAGUAUUCAACUGAUGUCAUGUAUUUUUAUAUUGUCUCUGAACCAAAUACUGUAUUAGAUUUCUCUGGAAUUAUCAUAAUAAAGUGAA